AUGGUCGACAGACGACCGUCCACGCCGGUAGAAGAUGCGGAAGCCGAACUUAAAGAGAAUCUAAACAUCAGUGGCUCCACGGAACCUUCAGACCCAGAUGACAGCGAGGCCUACCGAUCGCAUGAUACAAGUAGCACACCAGAGCCCGACAGUACAGCAGAGCCACCAGAUCUGGACACAUCUAUAACGUCUCAAACGUCCCUAGACGAGGAGCACAUUGAACAGCCAGUCAUGGGCGAACAGCAGAGCUUAAGAGAGGAGAGCAGCAGCUCUAGUAGCUCUAGCAGCAGCAGUCCGAGUGAUUCAAACACAUCACCAUCAGAGGGUAGCGAUGAUACCACUGAGGACGAGCCCUCACCCACCACAGUGGUCGAUGUCAGCGAUUUAACCGGCAACGACGACUUCAGCAAUUGUGGUACAACUGAGAAUGCGGAAAACGUUGCAGAAACUGUUCCGGCACCAGUUGAUGCACCAGUUGACUCAGGAAUUGAGCCAAUUUCACCAGUGUCAGAGGAAACUGAGGUCGAGACGCAAGCAGAAAUCCAAACUCUAACUCAAGUGCAAGAAAUUCCAACGGAAGAGGCCAUGGUGAUUGAGACUCCACCGGAACCAGAACCAGGACCUGAACCGGAACCUGAACUGCCGCCGGAACAGCAUCAACCACAGGAGUCAGAGGUCGUCGAGGAGCAAAAUAUGGAAAUGGAAACUGAAGGACCAGCUUCACCAACCUCACCGGCAUCACCAACUUCCCCAGCAUCACCAACUGAAAUGCCCGAAACACCGGCGUCGCCCACUGACGAUUGUGAUGAGGGUAUUGAUCUGCUCCCGCCCUAUAAGCGCGCGCACUACGGAGUCGAUCAGCCGAUCCGAUGCCAACAGUCACAGGAGCAUCAUGUCGACCUGAGUAUGCCCAUUCCACAACAGCAACUUCACAUGCAGCAGAUGCGCUUGGCGCCGCGGGAUCCUCGUCAGAAGCCGUUUUUACUACAAGCUCAAUUUGAAGCCAUCUCGAGCAGCAGCGACGAGGCGAACAGUGUGGGCGACGAAGAAGAGGAAGAUGAGGAAGACGAGUCUGAUGAUAAUUCAGAGGAAUGUGACACUGAGUCCAAUGACUCGGAUGUGAUGAUAAUAGAACAGGACACGGACACCACAUCUGGAGAGACGGCUACCGCAACAGAGACAACCGAUGCAGAUGCCGAUGCUGAUGCUGAUGGUGAUGGUGACGAGGAUGAUGAUGACGAGGAGGAUAAUGACGAUGACGAUGAUGAUGGCGGCGAGCGUGAUGGCAAUAGUGGUGGAGACCAAUUAUUGCUGAACAAAAUCGACAUAGCCGACAAUCCAGAGAAGAUCUACUACAUACGCCGCGCGGAUGGCACCGUCCACGCUGGCCAAGUGCUGCAGUCGCGCGUCACUGACAACUGCGUCAGCCCGAACGAGUAUUACGUGCACUAUGUGGGCCUGAACCGUCGACUCGACGAGUGGGUGGGCCGCCAUCGCAUCUCCGACAAUCCAGACGAUUUGGGCGGCAUCACGGUCACGCCCGUCCAGCCCGAGCCACUGAACUGCGAUCAGCCGAGCACCAGCGCCAACGCCAUUGCAAUGGCCAACGCAACGAACCAACAGGGCGCAAGCGUGGUGCGGCCCAAGCGACAAGGCCACAAGGACUACUAUCUGUCGGCAUGUGAGAACAAUCGAUACGACUACAGCGACCGCAAGAUGACGCGCUAUCAGAAGCGACGCUACGACGAGAUCAACCAUGUCCAGAAGAGCCACGCUGAGUUGACCGCCUCGCAGGCGGCGCUAGAAAAGGAGCACGAGUUCAUCACCAAGAUCAAGUAUAUCGACAAGCUCCAGUUCGGCAACUACGAGAUCGACACCUGGUACUUCAGUCCCUAUCCGGGUGAAUAUGGAAAGGCGCGGGUGCUGUACGUCUGCGAGUAUUGCCUGAAGUAUAUGCGGCUGGAGAAGAGCUACCGAUACCACUUGUACACGUGCCAGGUGCGCAGGCCACCGGGCAAGGAAAUCUAUCGCAAGAACACCAUCUCCAUAUUCGAGGUGAACGGCAAGGAGCAGCCGCUCUACUGCCAGCUGCUCUGUUUGAUGGCUAAGCUGUUCCUCGACCAUAAAGUACUGUACUUCGACAUGGACCCAUUCUAUUUCUAUGUGCUUUGCGAGACGGACAAGCGGGGCUGUCACAUUGUGGGCUACUUCUCCAAGGAGAAGAAGUCGAUGGACAACAAUAAUGUGGCCUGCAUCUUGGUGCUGCCGCCGCACCAGCGCAAGGGCUAUGGCAAGCUACUGAUUGCCUUCAGCUACGAGCUGUCCCGCAAGGAGGGCGUCAUUGGCAGCCCAGAGAAGCCGCUGUCGGAUCUGGGCAGGCUCAGCUAUCGCAGCUAUUGGGCCUACACGCUGCUCGAACUGAUGAAGGGCCGCUGCUCAGCGGAGCAGACGACCAUCAAAGAGCUAAGCGAGGCGAGCGGCAUUACGCAUGACGACAUCAUCUAUACUCUGCAAUCCAUGAAGAUGAUCAAAUACUGGAAGGGGCAGAACGUGAUCUGUGUGACCGCCAAAACAAUCAACGAUCAUCUGCAGCUGCCGCAGUUUAAGCGCCCAAAGCUUACCAUCGACUUGAAUUGCCUCAACUGGAAACCGCAUCCGCAGCCGCCACCCUUUGGAGAAUCCUGGCGUAACCCUCAGCUAAAUAUCGAGUAAGAGAACCCGAUACGAUUAUG